AGCACGAAUCGCAACCGCGAGUAAAAUGGAGGGGCGCCCCCGCGGCGGCGGCGGCCGGACGGCGAUGGACUACUCGCUGGCGGCGCUGAAGCUGUUGGCCUCGCAGCUGGCGGGCUCCACCACGGCCCCCUCCUCCGAGGGCUCCUCCCCGGCGCAGAUGCUCUUCGGCAUCCGCUUCCAGCGCGCCUGGAUUCAAGAUGGCAAUGGGGGCGUGAUCGUGCGCGUGGACUACAGCACCGGCGACAACGGGAGCCUGUUCGUGGAUGACGGCUCCUGCGUCACCGAGUUCAUGCUCCGGUCCGAGGAUGCCAAGGGCCAGCCCUGGCGCCCAGGGAUGUAUGUGCUGAUUAUUGGGGCAUAUAUUGCGCCAGAGUCUACCGAAAAUCUGCCAGCGGUCAAGGUGCACAAGAUAGUGGAUCUCUCGACGCAGCCGGACCGUGAAGCGAUGUGGUACAUGGAAGUCGCCGAGGCUUACAACUUGUUCUACGAGGCUGAUGCCUCUGGUGUCGGCUCACCGUCAUGAGCACUCGUAACUCCUUGCUCCCUCCUGAUGAUUCGUGUCAGUGUAGCACUCUUAGCAUUGCUGCCACUCUGUCCCCGUGCUCGUUACCUUGUUGUAGAUCGCCCGCUGGUAACUCAGAGAGGCCCUUUUGGUGCUUCGAAUUGUUUUAGGGUUAUCUCAGAUGAACGUCGGAGCACGUCCAAAUUCCAACAGCGAGAAAUUUGACUGGAAUCUCUCAA